AGCUUCUCUGUCCCGGUGCCUUCGGGCAGGGGCGGCCCCCGGAGCUCGGAGCGGCUCCAGCCCAGGACCGGGACCAGCUGGGACCUGUCAUCAUGUCCCUUCCAAUGGGCCAUCUCCGUGGGCGUGAAGCUGUGUCCGAGGCCGGUCUCCCAAAGGCUUCACCAACACUCCUCAUGUGUCGGGACCAAAUGGCUGAUUGUUCCAAACAGAGAGAUGCCGGCUGUGACCUUGAGAAGAGUGAAUUAUGCUCUAUUCAUAAACUUGAGAAUAAGCUUCGAUAUCUACAGGAGAAGGGACCAGCAGCCAAGCAGACACACUUUCCGGAGGCACAAGAAACCACCCGUGAGCGUGCAGUGAGUGAAGAUGCGGACAAUGGAAUCUGCAGCAGUGAAGGCAGUUUGAGGGAGCCCCUGGGUCCCCAGGGCACAUCAGCACCCGGCCAUGGACACAGGAGCAUCCUCAGAAGAUUGCCGGGCAAGGGGUUCAGCUGCCAUCCCGUGCACAUCUUGGUGCUGAUCCUGCUCCUGUCGCUGCUGCUGGCGCUGGCGGUGGCCUUGGCUGUGCAGUCAGCACCACAGGUUCCAGUUCCACCUGCGACUCCGCUCUUGUCUCUGGGCUGUCCCCAUGGCUGGGUUGGAUACAAUGGAUUCUGCUACUACUUCUCCAGGGAUCAGGGCACCUGGGAGCAGGGUCAGGAGCGGUGCUCCGAGCUCGGGGCCUCCUUGGCCGUUCUGAAGGAUGAGGAAAUGGAUUUGUUCUUCCUCCUCCGCGGGAACGUCGAUUACUGGGUCGGGCUGCGCAGAUGGGGCGAGCACCUGCAGUGGGGGGACGGCAGCAGCUUCAGCUCCUCGGUUCCUGUCCUUGGCAAUUCCGAGUGUGUGUACCUGGCUGACCAUAAAUUCAGGAGUGUGCCCUGCUCGAAUCCGCAGCCGUAUCUGUGCAGCAAGGCCCGAGCUCCCUUGUAACAGGGGCUGGAGAAAGGAGCUUCUCCACGCUGGGCAGUCCCAGCUUCACCUGUGAGCCCAGCACAGGGCUGUCCUUUCUCAGCUGCACCCUGUGCCUUGCACUUGCUCUCAGGGUCACCUCAGUGCCUGUUCAUCCCCAGUGCCAGCGCUGGACUGACUGUUCAAAGGAAAAGUCUCUGCAAUCCAUCCUGCCAGCCAUGCUAGCUGGAGUGAGGGGAUUGCCGUCAUUGCACAGCAAGCUGGAAUGGGAAAUCCAAAUGGCCCUGGGCUCCUAGAAAUCUUCACCAAGUGACCUAAAUGUGGCGAGAUUUUUGGACUGUCCUUAGAUGAGGAAGAUGAAAAGCUGACAUGUGCUGAGGAGGAAUCCCACCUGAGUGUCAAGAAUGGCCUGUCUGUAUCUCUCUCUGUCUGUCAGUUGCGAAUGAUCUGACUGCUCUGCUGUGGGAGGAAAUCCAGGCUGGUGCAGGACAAGGAUUUGUCUCCCUGAGGUGGAAGCAGUGACACGAUGUGACUGUAACCCACAUCCCUCUGUGUUAGAGUCUGUAAAACAGUUACCACCCU